GCGACGCCAUUGCGUGCCCUGGACGGGCAGUGCACCAGAUCCCCGCAGCCAUCUAGGCUCAAGCUCAAGGGAGUCUCGAGCAAGCUGCACGCCAGUCGGUUUGUGUCCAUGUGCAUUGGGAGCGCUUGCGCGGCCCGGAUCCCCCUAGAUGUCGUCACUCUCGCCGGCAGCCGGCUGAAGACACUGAACGCAAGCCCUGCGUGGCAGUUGCCCGACGUCCUGGCGGCCAUCGCCGACGAGGGCGCCCUCGCCGCCUGCAGGAAGCGCGUCUUCCUGGGGCCGACGGAGCUGCGCGGAGGCCUGACCCUCGCCGACAUCGGGGCCGACGGCGGUGCGGUCCUGAGCGUCGUGCGCGUGCGAACGCGUGUGGUGUCCGCGUGCCAGAGCGGCGAGGCGAAGAUCUGGGCCGCCGCCCCGUCCGGGGGCUGGACGUGCCAGCGCACCCUGGAGCACAGCAAGGGAUGCCUCCUGCGCGCGGAGUUCUCGCCCGACGGCGAGACUGUCCUCACCGCGUCCGACGACGGCACGGCCAAGCUCUGGUCCGCCGCCUCCGGCGAGUGCCGCCUCACCCUCGAGGGCCACGCGGAGGCUGUGCUGUCCGCGGAGUUCUCCCCCGACGGCCGGCGGGUGGUCACCGCCUCGGAGGAUCGCACUGCCAGGGUCUGGUGCGCCGAGUUUGGGGCGUGCCUGCUCACGCUGGCGGGCCACGAGGACUGGGUCCUGUCGGCCUCGUUCUCCGGCGACGGUCAGGCUGUGCUCACGGCGUCCCACGAUCACACGGCCGUGCUCUGGUCCGCUAUCUCUGGAGAGCGCCUGCGCAUCCUGUCGGCCCACAACGACUCGGUGUGGACCGCCAGGUUCUCGCCCGACGGGCGCGAGAUCCUGACCGCAUCUGGCGAUGGUACCGCGAAGGUGUUCUCCGCUGCAUCUGGCGACUGCCUGCGCACCCUAGAUGACCACGGGGAUGCGGUAAUGUCUGCGGUCUACUCGCCAGACGGCCAGCGCAUGCUCACUGCAUCGGCGGACGGCACCGCCAAGAUCUGGCCUGCUGGGUCGGGGGACUGCCUGCGCACUCUGGAGUGCCACGGGGACUGGGUGCUGUCCGCUGCUUUUUCGUCGGACGGCCUGUGGUUGCUGACCACAUCCCACGACUGCACGAUGAAGAUCUCCUGCGCAACGUCUGGGGAUUGCUUGCACAUUCUGGGCGACGAGAACAAGGUGAUGUGGCAUGCUUCGUUCUCACACGACAGCUAG